AUGCGUGAGAUUAUGCACAUACAGGUCGGCCAAUGCGGCAAUCAGAUUGGCUCCAAGUUCUGGGAGGUCAUAUCCGACGAGCAUGGGAUCGAUCCCACGGGUAACUACGUUGGCGAUUCAGAUUUACAGCUAGAGCGCAUCAACGUUUACUAUAAUGAGGCUGCAGGUGGCCGGUAUGUCCCUAGAGCAGCACUGGUUGACCUCGAACCUGGUUCAAUCGAUUGGGUACGUUCUGGUCGCUUUGGUACCAUCUUCCGUCCUGACAACUUUGUGGCUGGAAAAGGUGGCGCAGCCAACAACUGGGCUAAGGGUCACUACACGGACGGCGCCGAACUCGUUGACAGCAUCAUGGAGAUUGUCCGCAAGGAGGCUGAGCACUGUGAUUGUCUGCAGGGUUUCCAGCUGACGCACUCGCUAGGUGGAGGCACCGGCUCUGGCCUGGGAACUCUCAUCAUCAGCAAAGUCAGAGAAGAAUAUCCCGACAGAAUUAUGUGCUCCUACUCUGUUGUGCCUUCUCCGAAAGUAUCUGACACUGUUGUUGAACCGUACAACUGCACACUGGCCAUUCAUUUACUAGUAGAAAACACAGAUGAAACAUACAUAAUUGAUAACGAGGCUCUAUACGACAUAUGCUUCCACACCCUGAGGCUCACCACCCCAACCAACGGAGAUCUGAACCAUCUGGUCUCAGCCACUAUGUCUGGAAUCACCACCUGCCUACGAUUUCCCGGUCAGCUAAACGCUGACCUCCGCAAACUUGCCGUUAACAUGGUGCCCUUCCCCCGCCUCCACUUCUUCAUGACUGGUUUCGCUCCUCUCACCUCCCGCGGUAGCCAGUGGUACAGGAAUCUAACUGUCCCAGAGCUCACUCAACAGAUGUUCGAUGCCAAGAACAUGAUGGCCGCCUGUGACCCACGGCACGGGCGCUAUCUUACUGCAGCAACCGUUUUCAGGGGCAAGAUGUCCAUGAAAGAAGUUGACGAACAAAUGCUGAACGUGCAGAAUAAGAACAGUCGCUACUUCGUGGAGUGGAUCCCCAAUAAUGUGAAAACCGCUGUCUGUGACUAUCCGCCUCGAGGGUUGAAGAUGUCGGCCAUCUUCAUGGGAAACAAUACAGCAAUGCAAGAGCCGUUCAAGCGUGUUGGAGAGCAGUUCACAGCGAUGUUCAGGCGCCGAGCUUUCUUGCACUGGUACACGGGUGAAGGCAUGGAUGAGAUGGAAUUUACCGAGGCUGAGUCCAACAUGAGCGAUCUUGUGUCAGAGUAUCAACAGUACGAAGAAGCCACAGUUGAAGAUGGUAUUAACUUCUACGAAGAGGAAGAAGAGGAAGUGUAA